AUGAGCGAUUGCCCUCCUCAACCUUAUUACCCAAUAACCCUCAUGGUAUCCAAAACAUGUAUGCUAAUACCACAAUCGGGACCUUGUCGCAGUAAGAUCAGUAUGUGGUAUUACGAUCCUUCAUCCAAUAACUGCUCAACCUUCGAUUGGGGGGGCUGCCAGGGGAAUGGUAAUAGGUUCAACGAGUUUGAAGAAUGCUGGGACACUUGUAUGAGUAAGCCUGGAAAGUACCGUCCAAGGUACUGCGGUCUGACUUUUGACUACGGGUUCUGUUUCGGGGCAGUAGAAAGAUAUUACUUCGACUCUAAGUGGAAAGUCUGCAAGAGUACCAUCUACUCCGGCUGUGGGGGGAACAAAAAUAACUUCUACAGUAAAGAACAGUGUGACCAAAUAUGCCGCUUCGGUAAUGCAGCACUCACCAGGGCCCCAGUAAUAGGUGGGGAAGCCGGAGGUACCAGGAAGGUGCUGAUCAUUAACCCUUACAAUACGACUCCUCGUUCAGGGGCAGCUCAGUCCCAAGCGCCGAAGAAGAAUGAUACCGCUGGGGCACCAUAA